CCCAGCAUCCGUCUCUAUGGUUCCCCGCGGGCCAGAGCGGCCCCGGAAAGGGCGGAGCGGCCGCGGCGGGACGGGGGCGAUGGCGGUGGACCCGCGCUGGCCUGUGGCGCUCGUCCGCGGCGCCGUCCCGGUAGCGCUUGGGCUGCUGCUGUGGGUGGCGAUGGCGGGGGGUGAGCAGGACCGGCAGCAGACACUGAAGGUGCAGCCCGGGGCGGACUCCACGAGUUUAUCGCAGCGGCGGCGCCACAAUGAGCUGAUCAUGGCGGCGCUGCGCGAGGCGGCCGAGACCGACGACAACGUGGCGCAGCGUCGGGUGCCGUGGCGGAAGUGACGCCAACACCGGGAGACCACCGGGAGCCCCUCAGUCACCGUUUCCCGGUGACCGCCCCCCCCCUCCCUCCCGGAACCUUCCGCGCUUGGCGCGGUUGCACACGGAACUGUUAUGCGCGGUUGCGCUCGCGCCCGGACUGUUAUAAACCACGGACACUUC